CUUGCAUUAGUUUUUUAUUAUUACCCGAUUGAAAAUGAAACUCCUUGGAAGUCUUGUGUAUUUUUUCGCCUUUUUGGGAGCAACAAUUGUUUCGGGAAUGAUUAUUUGUCCUGAUGUACAGAAUAAAGCAUCGUAUGUGGUACAAUAUCCCUCACCGAUUAGCUGCUCCGAGUUCUUCAAGUGUGAUAAUGGAAUUCCAAUUGUGCAAACAUGUCCCAAUGGAUUACAUUACAAUCCCAGGAAGAGGGUGUGUGACUAUAUUGCUUCGGCCCGUUGUAAUUUGAGUGAUUAUCAAUAAAAACGAAACAUAAACGAAAUGGAGAGCCUAAAAAGUUUAGAGUGGAUAGGAUAAAUGAUUUGUUUAAAAAUACACGCACAAUAAUGAGCACUUAAAAAU